CAUGAACGUGAACUAGAAAGAACUGGAAGUAGCAGUAGCCAGCAGUAGUUUUUCAAUAUUUUGCAUAUUAACAAUUUUCGAUUGGAUUGAUAUGUGUUUUUAUUCGAGUACACCGAUAAAAGAUCACUUCUGAUUUCCUAUUCGUGAUACGUGUUUUUCUCCCUAUCACCAAACAUGACGGAGGACAUGUUGGGUGCAGAUAUUUGCAGGGUCUGUCGAUCCGAAGGCCUUGCAGACAGACCUCUGUUUCAUCCUUGUAUUUGCACGGGUAGUAUCAAAUGGAUACAUCAAGAGUGUCUGGUUCAAUGGAUGCGUUACUCGCGUAAGGAGUACUGUGAACUCUGUGGCUAUCGCUUCUCAUUUACACCUAUAUAUAGUCCAGAUAUGCCGCGCCGUUUACCACUAAGAGAUGUUGUAGGUGGUUUAUUUUCAAGUAUUGUCACUGCUGUCAAAUACUGGUUACAUUACACAUUAGUGGCGAUUGCAUGGCUAGGAAUUGUUCCUUUAACCGCGUGUCGCACAUACAGAGCUCUUUUCAGCGGUCCCCUUGAUUUAGUUCGAAUAAUGUCGUUACCGAUGGAUAUGCUUUCCACUGAAAAUAUAUCAUCGGACGUAUUUCAUGGUUGUUUUGUAGUUACUUGCACCUUAUUUGCGUUUAUCGGUUUAGUAUGGUUACGCGAACAAAUUUUACACGCGGGUGGUCCUGACUGGCUUGAAAGAGACAAUGUGCAGUUGCCUCCAGUCGACAAUCCACCGCAAGCAAAUGCACAACAGCCACAGCAACCUCAAGAACAACGUGCUAUGCCACAAGAAGUUCAAGACAACAAUAAUAUCCCUCCUUUUGUUGAUCCACCUAUUCCACAAGAGGGAGAGUUACGUAAUGAAGAUCAGCGUGCAUAUCAAGAAGUGGCAGAAAACUUGAUUAAUAAUCCACGAAUUGGCGAACCCGAAGAUCUAAGAGAUGUACAAGCACCAAUUCCUCCCGAACCUCUUCCAAUUAGAGACGAAAUCGGUGCAGACGGCGCACAAGUGAAUGCUGGUGGUGAACGUUGGGCGAGAGGGCAAGCAGUACAAGCACAUGUGGUAGGACAAGCACAGGGUGAAGCCGAGGAAGCUAAUUGGAAUCCUAUGGAGUGGGAUAGACCUGCUGAGGAAUUAACAUGGGAACGUCUCUUAGGAUUGGAUGGAUCCCUCGUCUUUCUCGAACAUGUCUUCUGGGUUGUAUCCCUAAAUACUUUAUUUAUCAUGGUAUUUGCUUUCUGCCCCUAUCAUAUUGGUCAUUCCACAAUAGCGAGUUUAGGAUUGCAGGAACAUGCAGCGGCAUCACACUUUGAAGGUUUGGUAACAACAUUGUGUGGUUACUGCGUUAUCGGAGUUUGUCUAGUGGUUCUCCAUACUCUUGCCGCUCUGUUAGGCUUUCAGCGUUCUCAGCGAAUCUUAGGGCUUUGCUACGUUAUCGUCAAAGUCUCUUUACUCUCCGUCGUGGAGAUUGGCGUACUUCCAUUAGUUUGUGGCUGGUGGUUGGACAUUUGCUCGUUAGCGAUGUUCGACGCCACACUUCGAGAUCGAGAAUCCUCGUUCAGACUCGCUCCUGGCACAUCUAUGUUUAUUCAUUGGCUGGUGGGAAUGGUUUAUAUAUAUUACUUUGCGUCGUUCAUUCUUCUCUUACGCGAAGUUUUGCGACCUGGAGUUCUCUGGUUUCUGCGAAAUCUGAACGAUCCUGAUUUCUCCCCUAUACAAGAAAUGAUACAUCUUCCUAUAUUGCGACACGUACGGCGAUUAGUCGCGUCUGCGAUUAUAUUUGGCACAGCGAUUUUACUCAUGUUAUGGCUGCCUGUGAAAAUUCUGCGAUGGGCUUGGCCGGGAUUUUUACCCUACACUGUGACCGUACAAAGCGAAGCUCAGGUAAGCGAACUUUCAUUGGAACUGCUUUUAUUGCAAGUGAUCCUUCCCGCAUUAUUGGAACAAUCGCACACGCGCACAUGGCUAAAAGCUCUAGUGAGAGCGUGGUGCCGCGUGGUAGCAUGGAUGCUAGAUCUUCAGUCAUACUUAUUGCGUGAUCAGGCGGAUGAUCCGGGAUUAGCGGUUAUCGAAGAACCACAACAUCCGGAUUUGGGCGCUGCGCAUCAAGCAUUAUUGCAACGGGAGGGACCUACGGGAUUUCAACCUUACACCAGACCACGGUGGUUCCCCGCUCGACUGGUUGGACUUUUGUUCUGCGUUUGUGUAUCCCUUGUGAUCGCUAGUCUAGUCGCUAUGACGCUACCCGUAUGGCUUGGACGUAGAGUGAUGGCAUUAUGGAUGGUAGGAGCACCUGCUCCGUCGCCGCCUGUUUUGCCACCUGCAGUAACCGGUUCCGAUGGUGGUGACACUGUAGGCCCUCUGUCCGGAAGAGUACACGAAGUGUACACAAUAGCGUGUGGAACGUACGUGUGCUGGGCUGCGGCGCGAGGUUUAGCGCUAGCCUUCUCCUGGUUGCCUCGUGGUCGCAGAGCCAUCAUAGACCGAAUUAAACAUUGGGCGAUUUUAGGCGUCAAGGCCUCGGUGGCAUUCGUACUGCUUGUCGGUGUCAUACCGCUUUUAUUCGGUCUUCUUCUCGAGUUAGUGGUGGUGGUUCCGUUGCGCGUCCCGUUGGAGCAGAAUCCCAUUCUAUUCAUCUGGCAAGACUGGGCUUUGGGUGUACUGUACACGAAGAUAGCUACUGCUGUGACGAUGAUGGGGCCUGAUUGGCGAAUACGUCUCGCUAUCGAGCGAGCAUACAAUGACGGGAUAAGAGAAAUGGAUCUGAAAUUUAUCGUCAAGGAAUUAGCAGCUCCCGUUAUAUGUUGCUUCGGCCUUGCUCUCGCGAUUCCUUAUGCCGUGGCCUACGGAAUAGUUCCGCUUUUUGUAACCAAUCUGCAGACUCAGAUUCUUAUUGCCAGACGUUUAUAUCCUUUUCUUCUUUUAGUGAAUCUUGUCUGUGUAGUGAUCUAUUUUCAGAUACGCCAAUUUAAGAAGCUGUACGAACAUAUUAAGAACGACAAAUAUCUCGUAGGACAAAGGCUCGUCAACUAUGAACAUCGUAACAAAUCGCAACAACAUCAGUCACAGAGAUCGAGUUAACAACAUCAAUAUCAAUAUUAUACAAAACAUAAUUUAUGGUGGAAGAUGAAUUCUAGGAUUAGCUUCGUGUACAUUCUUUAACAACUACUUAUGAUCAAUAAUUUAUAUUAUAGUCAUGAGAUUUUAUUUUUAAUAUUAUAAUUUAUUGAUGUAAAGCGAUACUGAAUAAAUCAAAAGACUGUUA